GCAUCGCAUCAUACGACAGCCUUAGCUUCAGCUAGAAGGACAUCUGUAGUUGCUUCUGACUAUCAUUAUUCAUCUCACUACCAACAAUACCUUUGGAUGGAUUUAGCAACAAGCAUUUGAAAUUGUUACCAUCUUUUUUAAAAUUGCUGCCAUCGACAGAACUCAAUUCAAAGGUAGGAGAUCUUAAUGGAUUUGUAGAAAGUAUUUGAGAUACCAUGUUAGCUUAAAUGGAUUACAACUUCUCUCUGGAACAGAGGAUGAAAAAGAACCUUAAAAGCAGAAAAACUUAAACUGUCAUACUCAGUACAGAAAGUCAUUUUUCUAAGCACAGUUUGAGUAAAUGAAAAAAAAAAAAAAAGAAAAAGAUAAACCCUUGUUUUCUUCCAGCAGUAAUAACAGCCCGGAAACAGGAUAUGCGGAUAUGCUAGGAUAAGAGACCUUCAAGCAAACUCACCUGAAACAACAGUGUCAUAGACAACGGCAAAGCUUAAAAAUGCCACUUUUUGGCUGGAUGAAAUGGUCAAAAAAUGACUCCUACAAACACACAAGAUACCCUGGAUCAGAAGUGGUUACAAAAACCCUACUGAGGGAAUUGAAAUGGCACCUGAAAGAGCGUGAAAGAUUAGUGCAAGAGAUUGAAAAUGAACAAAAAGUCCAGAAGACUGGCAUGGAUAACAACUGGCUGAAGAACUACCAAAACCCUCAAGCAACAAUUCCAGCUACUGAGCAGCGGCAGCUCGAAGUUCUGUGUUCACAAAUCCAGCCUUGCCAAACAGGAACUGUUCUCAGCAGAUUUCGUGAAGUUUUGGCAGAAAAUGAUGUUUUACCUUGGGAAAUAGUCUACAUAUUCAAGCAAGUUUUAAAAGAUUUUCUUACUGCCAUUGAGAGAGAAAACCAACAAGACCGACUGGCAGACGUAUGGAAUACAAACUGCUCUGAACAUUUCAGCCUGCAUGGAGACAGUUCUAACAAGUCGGCCAAAGAUGAAAUCCCCACGGUCUCAAGUUAUGUCGACAAAAACACACAAAGCAUGUUUCCCACUUUCUCUCAUCGAAUCUGGAAUCUACCCUAUUACUACCCAUCAAGUUAA